AUGGAGAGACUUAACAGUAGAUGGUUGGCCCCAUCCCCCUCAUGGCUCAAACUUAACUUUGAUGGUGCUGCUCGUACUGGAGUUGUGGCGGGAGGUGGAAUUAUAAGGGAUAGAUUUGGCAACCUAAUUCUAGCCUAUGCAGGGGAUUUUGGCUCUGCCUCGAGUAACAUGGUUGAAGCCGUGGCGCUCUUCUGGGGGCUUAAAUUGGCUCUCAAUAUUAAUGCUAAAAGACUGACCAUUGAAGGGGAUUCUAAGCUAAUUAUUGAGGCAACUAAAGGUGCUUCAGGGAUUAGCUUGAUGAUUAGCAACAUACUAAAGGACAUAUGGCCUAUUAUAGUUUGGCUUGAGGAAUUUCAACUUCAAUACAUUUAUAGAGAGGGAAAUUCGGUGGUGGACUCUCUAGUUGCGGUGGGCCUUGAGAUGAAAGGUAUGAGGUGCUGGAGACACCUGGAUUCGCUUUCUGACAUACAGAAAUCCCUCAUAGGAAGAGACCAAAAUUUCACUACUAACCAAUGA